GGAAGCAUACUACUCUACUAAAACUAUACACUACUUUCUGCCUUACUAUUUAGUGCAGUAGUGCGAGGUUUAAUCUUUUUUUAUGUUUGUUUAAAAAACUGAAAUAAUAAAAUAAAUCUAAAUUGAUUAAUUUUAAUGUAAUCUUUAUAUUUCCAUGAAAAAGGUGGAAACCGGCUCAUAUACUUUAUGCUAGUUUCAAAAGAGCCGACCAGUUCAAAGAGCCGACUCUUUCGUGAACGACACAUCGCUACCAGAGACUUUAGUGAAUCUUUCAAGUUUGAGCUCGCGGCGUUGCUAAGCUACUUGUUGGCAGAUGUAGUUAGCUAAGCUAGCGUUUCAGCAGUCUUCUGUGUAACAGCCGGUGGACCUACAUUAAUGUAAUGGCUGUGGCGAUGAUCUCCACCUGCCCGGGCCUUUACUGUGGAAAAACCCUCAUCAAUGGGACAAUUGAAGGAGAAUGUGGGGUGUGUCCCCGAGGUGAGAGAGCAAACGUGGAGAAGAUCUGUCAGAAGUGUACGGGUUUUCCGGAGCGUUAUGACUGGCUGUACCUGGGCUUCAUGGCCAUGCUGCCGCUGGUCCUGCACUGGUUCUUCAUCGAGUGGUACUCGGGCAAGAAAAGUUCGAGCGCGGUGCUGCAGCACGUGACUGCUCUUUGUGAGUGCGGCGUGGCGGCGGUGAUCACACUGCUGCUGAACGAGCCGGUGGGCCAGCUGACCAUCCAUUCCUGCGGGGUCCAGAUGCUCUCCGACUGGUACACCAUGCUGUACAACCCGAGUCCCGACUACAUCACCACACUACACUGCACCCAGGAGGCCGUCUUCCCCCUCUACACCAUCGUGCUGAUCUACUACGCUUUCUGCCUGGUGUUCAUGAUGAUGCUGCGGCCGCUGCUGGUGAAGAAGAUUGCGUGCGGUUUGGGGAAGACUGAUCGCUUCAAAAGCAUCUACGCUGCGCUGUACUUCUUCCCCAUCCUCACCGUGCUGCAGGCGGUCGGAGGAGGACUCCUGUAUUAUGCGUUUCCCUACAUCAUUCUGGUCCUGUCGCUGGUCACGCUGGCUGUGUACAUGUCCGCUUCGGAGAUCCAGUCCUUUAAGAACCUGGUGGCCAAAAAGAAGCGUCUGGUGGUGCUGUUCAGCCAUUGGCUACUCCACGCUUAUGGCAUCAUCUCCAUCUCCCGAUUGGAUAAACUCGGGCAGGAUUUGCCGCUGUUGGCCCUCGUGCCUGGACCCGCACUCUUUUAUUUACUCACAGCCCGAUUCACCGAACCCAACCGCAUUUUAUCGGAAGGAGGAAACGGACACUAAGGCACUGAAGUGUGUGUGUGUGUGUGUGUGUGUGUGUGUUUGUGUGUGUGUGUGUGUGUGUGUGUUAUUACCUUAUCAAUACACAAGCUACGAGGUUAAUGUUGAAAAAGAAGUAUGUCUCGCUUAAAAUCCUUCGUGUGCCUCUAGUCCACCUCGCAGGAAGUGAUCAAAAAGAUCCACGUUGAAUUCAAAUGAACAAAAUGAUCAAUCUGGAAUUUCGCUGCUAUUUUAAAUAAGCGUUUAUUUAGAAAUGACAUUACGGAGCUUAAUGAGGUUUGGAUGAUUUUUUUUUUCCUCAGUGAAAUUAAACGCACGUUUUAGUUUUCCUGCUCAUUGAAGAAUAAUUCAUCGAGACUGUAAAUGGUUUAAAAGAAAUGGCAGGAAUGCUUUAAAUCAGUGCUUGCACGUUUUAUCAGAACAAUUUGGACUUUAAAGCGGCGCACUGAUGCUGGAGAUAAUAAAAAACACAAUCAGUCAUGAGCCAUAACUAUCUCAGUCCUUGUUUCCGCGAUGCUUUGCGUCUGAGCUGUAAAUUAUAACCGAAAGGUACAUUUUCUUACUUUUGUAAAUUUGUACAGUUGUACUGAUGGAUGUGUGUUGUUCGUUUUUUUUUUUCUAUCUUUUUUCGUUUUUUUUUUUUUUUUCUUCUUCUCUCCUUUCCCCACUGUCUCUCUGUUGUCUUUAUUGCAGCUGGUCUGUGAAAUAUACUCAUUAUUUAUCCUG